GAGGGUGUAUAAUUUGCACAAAUAAUUGUAUACCUGUACGGUAUAUAUUCUAACCUCUCGUCCUCUUAGCAUGAUAUGGGGGGCCAUUUACACCGCGAAAACUUAUUUUCUGUGCCUGGAUUCUCAAAAUAGUCAUGUUAUCUGCACUACCCUUCUUUAUUUGCAUAUACAGUAGCAGGGUCUGCAGUGGAUCAGCAUUUUUCAUGCGUAAUCGGUAUUUCACGAGUAAUUAUCGCUUUAUUGCGCUAUCAAGUGCACUGCCGCUGUAACUUACGAGUCACUAUCAUUCGUGAGCAUACACCACAAUGUCACAUGAUAGUACGUGUGUUCUGGUGUAGCAGUUUUAAUAAUCGAUUUCGCUUACUGUCGCGUAACAUUCAACCAUUAUCAUGUGUGUGUAUGCUCUACAGUGUCACAUAUUGAUAGUGUGUGUUUCGAGACUUGCCGCUUAACGUGUUUGAUGUAAUACUCUAUAGCUGUAACGCUGUUUACGUGUUCCUUAGUAUCGACUCGUUUACCAGUGGCACAGCUUCUCCAGUUUUAGUAAAUUCAUACGCCUCAAAUGUGAUUCACGCAAUGAAUCGCUCUAUACUCUUCCGUCACACUCAUAGCAUCCAUUCCUAUCAACUACUGAAACAGUCAUGUGAAGCCCUUGGAACUGACAAGAAACAGUUAUUGAGAUUUUUGAGUGGAGGACACAAACCGAAAGCAAAUAAGUAUGUUCUCAAGAUAGCAGCUGCUACAUUGGGAAUUACAGCAACAUGCGGCCUAUACAGCCAUUACAGAGUUUUGUUUACAGGAAAGAGAUCAUUUUGGGAUGCUGUUGCGUCAAUUUCAGAAACAUUCCAGAACAAGAAUCAGUUGAGGCAAUAUUCACUCAACGAUGUUGCUGCACACUCCAAUAGAAAUACAGGAAUAUGGGUAACAUACAACUGUGGAGUUUAUGAUAUCACAGAUUACACUGAACAUCACCCAGGUGGAGAUAUUGUAUUGUUAGCUGCUGGAGGGUCAUUGGAGCCUUACUGGAUGAAAUAUCCUGUUCAUAAAAAUCCAUCUGUUCUAUCCCAAUUGGAGAAAUACAAAAUAGGUACUUUGGAAAACUGUGAAGAAACUGGUGCAGCUUCUCAAAUAAAUGAAAAGCCAAAAUCAUCCUCCAAAAAGAAUAAUAUUCCAGAUGUGGAUCCAGCUUCUUAUGCCCUUGAGAUUAAUGGUCUUAAUGACACAUCUCUCAAAAUUCCACUGAACACAUUGAAAAAUGAUUUUCCUAGACAUACAGUGACUACUGUAUUGAAGUGUUCAGGAAACUGUAAAAGUGAGGUCAAAGAAAAUAAGUGGUCUGGAGCAAGACUAAUAGAUGUUUUGAAGGCUGCAGGAUAUGAUCAGGGUCAUACAGGAGUGCAAAACAUUCAGUUUGAAGGAUUGGAUCUUGCUGUACCAGGUAUGCACUAUGGUACUAUAAUCUCUUUUGAGAAAGCCAUCGAUCCCAAAAGUGACAUAAUCUUGGCUUAUGAACUGAAUGGAGAGCCUCUUACAAAGGAAAAUGGAUUUCCCAUCAGAGUUUUGAUGCCUGGUAUACCUGCUGGUCGUCAAGUAAAAUGGCUAGGACGCAUAAUUAUUUUGGGAGACAAAGAUGAUUCUCUGUAAUAUGAGCACCAAGAAGGAAGACAGUGGAAAUAAAACUGAAGAAAGAAUAAUGAUGGAGGUAGUUGUCUUUCUUUGGAGCAGACAUGCAGAAUACUGGAAAACAAUCUUAAUUAUAGGAUACAUAAUGAAAUAUCACAUGCAUAGAAAAGCUGAAUAGAAUAUUUUGGCAAGUUAUCUUACAUUUGACCAUACACUACUAUAGUAUAAGGCAUUAUGAUUAAAACUAAGUAAGAAUAUUGUAAUCAUAAAAGCUAACUAUGUGCAAUAAAUGUUGCUUGAAAAGAAAAAAAUAUUGUAUAAAGGCCCAUAAUAUUUGUUUAUAUUAUCAUUACUAAUUGGUUCUCAGACUGGCAAUUUAUGGAGUGUCACCUAAAGUGAAGACUGGAUUCUGGAUUAAAUCCUUUUGGGAUAGACUACAAAUGAAGCAGAAAUUUGCCAAUCAAUUGAUGUACUAUGGAAAUUUCAUGUAGCAUUGUUUCACUUGACCCAGGAUAUCACCAAAUAGGAAAAUAAAUUCAAAC